GCUCAACCAACAAAGAAGUAUUAGUUCAAAAUGAGCAACAAAUUGACGGUGGCAUUGUUGCAGCUGCCCGUGGGCAGAGAUGUGUCUGCAAAUGUCUUACGAGCUGUUCAGAGCGUUAAGAAACUAAAGGCGGAUAACCCGAAGUUGGAGCUGGCCAUUUUGCCGGAAAGCUUUAACGCUCCCUAUUCACAAGAGGACUUCCCAAAAUUUGCCGAGCCCGUUCCCGCAGGUCCAACGUGCCAGGCUCUAUCUAAGCUGGCCCGAGAGUUAAAGAUUCAUAUAAUAGGAGGCAGCAUUGUGGAGCGCGAGGGAAAUAAGCUUUACAACACUUGCACCGUGUGGUCGACCGACGGAACUUUAAUUGGACGGCAUAGAAAGAUUCAUCUCUUUACCAUGAGCAUUGAUCCUGAAAAUUCUGGAGGCGUGCAAUUCGAUGAGGCGGCGGUGCUGACAGCAGGCUCAGAGGUGACAGUUGUCCAGAUUGGACAGCAAAAGAUUGGCAUUGGCAUUUGCCAUGACAAGCGAUUCGAUGAACUUGCGCGCAUCUACCGGAAUAUGGGCUGCUCCAUGCUGGUUUACCCUUCCGCCUUCUGCAUUUGCCAGGGCCCCAUGCACUGGGAACUCCUGCAACGAGCACGUGCCACUGAUAACCAGCUCUUUGUGAUCACCUGCUCGCCGGCCAGGGACAACAUGUCGGGCUAUGUGGCAUAUGGACACUCGAUGAUUGUGAAUCCCUGGGCCCAGGUGCAGCGUGAGGCUGGCGAGGGAUGCGAGUUCAUUGUUGAGGAGAUUGAUUUCGAUAUGGUCGAGCAAGUACGCCGGCAAAUUCCCAUCUACAAGCAGAGGCGCACCGAUGUCUACGCUAAGGUCAGGUCUGAUUUGUAAAGCUGGGGGGAGGGGCAUUAAGCUCUCCUAUCAAGUGAAUAAAGCAUUAUUAAAAACAG